AUGGACCCGAUCAAGUAUGUCUUUGAAAAACUAGCAGUAACUGGCCGGGUAGCUUGUUGGAAAAUGCUAUUGACUGAGUAUGAUAUAACUUAUGUGACAAGGAAGACAAUCAAAUGGAGCGCCAUAACAGAGUAUUUGGCAGAAAGGGUUGUGGAAGAUUACCAACCCAUGGAGUUCAAUUUUCCAGAUAAGGAUAUUGAUUCAGUGAACCAAAUGGAGGAAGAUUAUGAAGGAUGGACCAAGCUGUUUGAUGGGGCAGCUAAUGUAUGGGGACACGGAAUAGGGGCAGUGCUCAUAUCCUCAGAAGGUAAACACUUCCCUAUCUCGGCCAAACUUACCUUCCCUUGCACCAACAACAUCGCUGAAUAUGAGGCAUGUGCAUUGGGUUUGCAAGCUGCCAGAGACCGAGGCAUCAAAGAAUUAAUCGUUAAAGGGGAUUCAGCUUUGGUGAUUCAUCAGUUGACACGGGAAUGGGAGACACGAGAUUCAAAUUUGAUACCAUACCAAGAAUACAUCCAAGAAUUGAUCAAGGAGUUCGACUAG